AUGCAGCUGCAGUGGGGAGGACGGGCAUUCUCGCGAUCGCGCUUCGGGGCCUGCGUCGGGACAGGCGGAAUGGAAAGACUUGAAUAUUCACCAGGAGAGUUCAUCUACACCACCAAAGCGGCCAAGGCCGCGCAGGCGCGGGCAUCAGCCCGCACCGGUUCAGAUCUCACUCUGUCGCAACCCGUCGACCCUUUCUCGUCCCUUUCCUCCGAUCAAAAGGCCUUGCUACACCAUUUCAUCAACGAUGCUUCCCAGAUUACGGCGUGCCACUCCGGCAUGCAGCAAGAUAUAUGUCGGAUGCUGGUGCCUAUGGCCCUGCAGACUCCCUCCUUACUCUACGCCACCACCGCUCUCUCGGCGAUCCAUAUCCAAGCCCUACAUAAUCAAUCGGAGACUGUGAAGACUGCGCCGGAUAUUGCCCGUUUGAUGGCGCUCAGUCUGGAGCAUUUCCGAACAGAGUUACAAAAUCCUUCGUCGAAAGACUCCGAGGCGCUGGUGGCGACGGCCCGGACGCUGUGUCUGGCUGAGAUACAUUCUGGGGCGAUCAACCCGAAUUCGUGGAGGGCACAUAUUGAUGGGGCGAGGGCGUUGAUGAGGGCUUCUGAUGCUGCUGGUGAGGACUCGCUUCGGUCUGCGAGCGGGUUCCGCCGGUAUCUAGAUCGCUGGUACUGGUCGAUUGUAUCGCUAACGGCUUUGACGGGCAAUGGGCCACCGAUUGGAGAUAUGUCGGACUUUGCGUCUUCUGAUUUGAUGGGCUAUGGACAUUCCCCAGAUUAUCUAGAUGACUAUUGGGGUUUUACCGUCGACCUGGCUGCUGUCUUCCGGCAGAUUGGCGCUGCUGCCUGGCGGAGCCAUGAGGUUGAGAAGGCUACUCAGGGUUUCGUUGCAGGGGAGAUUGACAGCAAUGUCGAGGACGAUGCUGCAUCUCUGGAAUUCGCAGUUCGGCAACUCAUGGAUCGUGACUCAAGUUCACAGCCCUCAUUUUACCCCGGUGCUGCACAAGAGUUAUCGCCGGAGAGUGCACAGCAGCUUCUCCUCUGUAAUGAGGCUUUCCAGCAUAGUGCACUCAUCCAGAUUCAUAGGCGACUUCGGAAGACACCCACUACAUCGCCAGAAGUGCAGCAGUCGGUCCAGCGCAUCCUGGAAUGUACAGCGCAGAUCGGGCCAUCGUCAGGUCUCUCGCCUUGGGUUAUGUUGACGACGCCGAUCUUCAUUGCGGGCUGUGAGGCGCACGGUCAAGAUCGGGACACUGUCAGGCAAUUGCUAUCUUCCUUGCAUGAUACCAUUCGUGUCCCCAACGUUCUUCAGUCGUUGAAGUUCUUGGAGCAGUACUGGGCUGAUAAGCUUAGUGAAGAGGAGGAUUGGAGUCAAUUCCUUGACCGGAUGCAGUUUGAUUUCAUCCCUUAUUAG